UUGUUUUCAGGCGACCGCGGUCCUGUAGGUCAACCUGGGCCAACGGGGGAUGCUGGUGACUAUGGACCUAGCAUUAAAGGCGCUAUAGGUCCACAGGGCGUCAAGGGGAGGGCCGGGCUGCCUGGCCUUAGGGGGUUAGAUGGAGAUUCUGGUCUUCAGGGCUAUAAAGGAGACUGUGCAAUAUGUCCUUCGGGUCUACCGGGCAGUUCCGGUCCCCCUGGUUACCCUGGGAUCGAUGGACGACAUGGGGCACAGGGUCCAGACGGGGCUCCAGGACAGAAAGGUACUCAGGGUGACCAGGGCUUGGAUGGACAGAUCGGUCUCAGAGGUGAAAAAGUAAGUUCAGAUUGGAAAUUUAUUCUUGGUCACUUGGCACGAAAGGCACUUGAAUUAUUGUAUUAUAAGCACUAUUAG